AUGGCGACACCGGCAGCCACCAAGCGCCUCACAAGGGAGUACGCUUCCAUCUCCAAAUCACCGCCACCCUACAUUACUGCGCACCCUUCGGAUAGGAACAUCCUCGAAUGGCACUACAUCAUCACCGGCCCGCCAGACACGCCCUACCAUGGCGGCCAGUACUGGGGCACCCUCAACUUCCCGCCCGACUACCCCUUUGCCCCGCCCGCCAUCCGCAUGCACACUCCAUCUGGCCGUUUCCAGCCCAGCAGCCGACUGUGUCUGAGUAUAUCCGACUUCCAUCCCAAGAGCUUCAACCCCGCCUGGGAGGUCAGCACGAUUCUGACAGGCCUGCUGAGUUUCAUGACGAGCGACGAGAUCACAACUGGCAGCGUCCGCGCAUCAGAGGCAGAGCGGAAACUCUUCGCCCAGCGCACCCGAUGGUGGAACAGCACAGGCGGCGGCAGCAAGGCGACUGGCUCGGAUAACGCUGGUGGCCGCCAGAGCGGCAACAUCCGGGCUGGAGAUGGCGGCGCAAAGUUCAGGCAUGAAUGGCCAGAUGUCGACGAGGAGAACCUCAAGUGGAUGAAGGACAACCGUAUCGACCCCCUCACCGGUCUGCCGCGACCUGCAUCUACCCCCUCACAGCAGCCCGCCUGCUCACCAGACGUCUCCGGACUGCGACGACGCCCCGGAACAAGCGCGACCGUCGUCCAAGAUGCGGCGCAGAUAGCACGAGACGCACAACAAGGAUGGUUGAGUCGCAAUAAGUGGAGGGUCGUUCUCGGAGCUGUCAUGCUCUAUAUUCUAGUCGCGAGGGUACUAGGCGACGGUGCAAUCGCAACUUCUACUUAG